AUGAGAUUCCUCAUCACCCUCGCAACAAUAGUUACUGUUGUCUCUGCCUACUGCAACGACUUCCGCCUCCGCGUCGCCCACGACGCCAACCAGGGCCUCCUCAGCGGGCAAUACCUCACCAACCAGACCGUCAACUCUAACGCUACGAUCAGCACCAAAUUCAACACUGCCAUCACUGCCAAAUUCGUGAUCGCGUUGAAUAGCACUGAACUCCUUAUUCCUGGAUAUGACAGGAUGUGUGUUAUGCCCAACGGAAGAGUUGGGUUCGAGUGUGUUGGUGCGCAGGGAACUCCGACUGGAUGGAAAUUCAAGCAGCACGAACUCGGGAAGAUCCUAGUUCAUGGAGACGCAGAAGAUGAGGGAUGGGUAGCGGCGCAGAGGUUCCUUGAGGGUGUGGUUGAGGACGCGGAGCCGGCGUGGGAAGUUUAUUGGGGAAAAGAGGGAGUCAGUGGGCCUAAUAUGGAGGGACAUAGCUUUAAGGUCGUUCAGGAGUGCGUUUAA